AUGAAAUCAACUUCAGGGUACCUGCUUGCAGUUCCGUUGCAAGGCUUAAGGCAGGGUGCCCCCCGUGACCUACUUCUCCUACGGCUGGGUGGACUUCGGCUUUUGCGCUGGCUGCUCUUCGUGGCUUUGUGGUGCAUGUCCCUUUUGGGCUACUUCCUUGCCUUUGUCUUUGUGAUCCUCACUGUUGAGUGCGACGGCAUCUCCUACGAUCCGAAGAUCGUUGCGGCGCACCACUCCAAAGACUGGCACUUUCUUCGCCUGAUAGCACUCGAGAUGGCUGCGUCAUCCAGUGCCGGUUGGCUGUGUGGCACGUGUCGAAAAAUGCGCAGUCCCAAUGCCUGGUACUGCGAUUUGUGCGGUGGCAAGUGGGAAAAUUGCGCCAUCGAACCAGCGGCAGCCCGAGGACAGCCUUCAUGGAAUCAGCGCGCCAAAAGCCCGCGCCAUCGUAUUCGACAGAAGUCGCGAAAGAAACAACAAGCAUGGCAGAGCGAUGCAGCAGCUGCUCAGGAGCUUCAUCCUCAGUGGGCCAAUUCUGGUGGUCCGUGGUCCACGGCAUAUGCUCAGGAUCCCAAAGGUGUUGGGAAGGGGUUUACAGUGCCUUCCAUGGCUGCCCCGCCGCCUCCACCGCCACCAUUGUUGAUGAAUCCUCCACUUCAUCAGGGAGUUCCUUGGAUGCCUACACCGAUGCCUGCUAUGCAAUCUAUGCCUUUCAUGACACCAUCUCUGGACAGCCAAGUUGUGCCUGUGCCCCAGCAAGCACCCCCGGAAGUGUUGGACCCCGAGGACUACAAGGCUGCGCUCAGUGCACAACAGAAGCUGAACAAGAUCAUGAAAGCUGCAAGGAAAGAAGAGAAUUUGUCGCCAGAGUUUCAAACUCUUGUGCAGACAGAAAAGAAGAAGGACGACAAGGAAAGUACGAACAAUCUUUUGGCUGCUGUGCGUGCACACGGCAAAGCCAAAGAGGCUCUGGUAGAGGUAGAAAACAGCCGCAUGCAGUUAUGGGCUCAGUGGCGCACGUUCCUGCAGCAGUCUGUCAUCAAGUGGAAGGAAUACACCUCCCAGUUUCAAGCUUCGGAGGCUGCCUUUCAGAAACGCAUGCAGGAUGCUACUUCGACCUUGCGCAAGGCACAGAGAAGAGUCGAUUUAGCCAAGAAAAGAGCGGAUGCUAUCGAAGAAGAAGGCGUACACUAUGUCACCGACGACGAGAUGGACGAGUCCGAGGUUCUCGAAGAGCCGGAAGUGCCAAAGGACGAGAACGCCAUGAAGAUCCAGGAGGGUUUGGAUCAGGUGGUCACAAGCUUGACUGUUCUCUCGGAAUCGGCAGACAAGUUGGAGCCCAAAACCAAGCGUCCGCGCACAAAGGACGACGAGGGUGGACCAUCUACUUCACCAUCCUCGCUGCAUUUUGGGAAGGCCGAUGUGAAGUGA